AUGGCUAGUAGCGGUAUUCAAGCACUCAAAGGUAGCUGGGAUUAUGUUGAUGGCGAACAUUUUGAUGAUUAUAUGAAAGAGCUUGGCGUUGGACUCACGACACGGAUGGCAGCUAAAGGAAUAAAACCACGUCUUACUAUUAGUGAAAAUGGUGGCAAAUGGACUGUACGAUCUGAAAGUUCAGUGAAAACAACAACAUACGACUUUACACCUGGUGUUGAAUUUGAUGAAACAACGGCUGAUGGACGUGAAGUUAAAUCAACCAUCAAUUUUGAAGGUAAUAAAUGGAUUCAUACAUCAAUCGACAAAAGUGGAAAAAAAUCUGUGGUUACACGUUAUAUAGAUGAUAAAGGUCAACUUAUGAUUGAUAUGGAGUGUGGUUCAGUGAAAGCUCGUCGUUGGUAUAAACGUGCUUGA